CAUUUUCUUUCUAGGAUAUCCAUCCAGUUCAUCUCCACAAUGAAUGAGUGUCACUAUGAUAAGCAGAUGGACUUUUUUUAUACUAGGACCAACACUUCCACAGCUGAUGAAUGGACGGGGACGAAUCUUGUGAUUGUUUUGUGUUUUGGAACAUUUUUCUGCUUGUUUAUUUUUAUCUCGAAUUCUCUGGUUAUUGCAGCAGUGAUAAAAAACAGAAAGUUUCAUUUUCCCUUCUACUAUCUGUUGGCAAACUUAGCAGCUGCAGAUUUCUUUGCUGGAAUUGCCUAUGUAUUCCUGAUGUUUAACACUGGCCCUGUUUCAAAAACUUUGACUGUCAAUCGCUGGUUCCUCCGCCAGGGGCUCUUGGACACGAGUUUAACUGCCUCCCUGACCAAUUUGCUGGUUAUUGCUGUGGAGAGGCAUAUGUCAAUCAUGAGGAUGCGGAUCCACAGCAACCUGACCAAAAAGAGGGUGACCCUGCUCAUUCUGCUCAUCUGGGCCAUUGCCAUCAUCAUGGGGGCGGUCCCCACACUGGGCUGGAAUUGCCUUUGUGACAUCUCUACCUGCUCUUCCCUGGCUCCCAUUUAUAGCAGGAGUUACCUCAUUUUCUGGACUGUAUCCAACCUUGUUGCAUUCUUCAUCAUGGUUGUGGUGUAUCUGCGGAUCUACUUGUACGUCAAGAGGAAAACCAAUGUCCUGUCUCCACAUACAAGUGGGUCCAUCAGCCGCCGGAGGACACCCAUGAAGCUAAUGAAGACAGUGAUGACUGUCUUAGGGGCAUUUGUUGUGUGCUGGACCCCCGGCCUGGUGGUCCUGCUGCUCGACGGCCUGAACUGCACCCAGUGCGGCGUGCAGUAUGUGAAGCGGUGGUUCUUGCUGCUGGCGCUACUCAACUCCGUCAUGAACCCCAUCAUCUACUCAUACAAGGACGAGGAGAUGUACAGCACUAUGAAGAAGAUGAUCUGCUGCUUCUCACAGGAGAAGAACCCCGAGAGUCGUUCCUCCCGCAUCCCAUCCGGGGCCCUCAGCAGGAGCGACACGGGCAGCCAGUACAUGGAAGAUAGUAUUAGUCAAGGCACAGUCUGCAAUAAGGACAGUUCCUAAGCUGUGCACACUGCUCCUCCCACCCAGG